AUGGGGUCUCUCACACGCACCGCGCACGCAGGCUUUGGGCUACUGCUGGCUGCUGCUGCGAUCGUCGGUGUUUUUGGUCAUAGUGUGCCUCAUGCUCGCAGCUCUGGACCUACUGUACAGCUGGACCAGGGGACGUUCUUAGGAAAUGCUACAGCGAAUGUGACGCAGUUUCUCGGUAUACCCUACGCUAUCCCUCCUGUUGAUACCUUGCGCCUGACGAUCCCUCGAGCCAACUUGCCGUAUAACGGGACAUUCAAUGCUACUGCUUUCGGACCUUCAUGCCCUCAACAGACCUCUUCGAUUCCAGCGACUAGUCUUGCAGUACUGGCUCCUUUCUUGGGCGAACUCUCCGGGUUAACUGGGGGUUCGUCGACGAACGUGCAGAGUGAAGAUUGUCUCAACCUCGACGUAAUCCUCCCCAAUGACACACCUUCCGAGGCUAAGCUCCCGGUAGUAGUGUGGAUAUAUGGUGGUGGAUUUGAGGAUGGGGAGCUAUUAAAUGAUGACGGAGGUGUGAUCGUUCAGCGAUCCAUCGACCUCGGAACACCAGUCAUUUAUGUAGCAAUGAACUACCGCCUAUCCGCCUUCGGCUUCUUGCCGGGUCAAGAAGUUAAAGAGGCAGGGGUGGGAAAUCUCGGUCUACAAGACCAGCGACUGGCGCUGCGCUGGGUCCAGAAAUACAUCGGUGCAUUUGGUGGCGACCCCGACCGUGUGAUUAUAUGGGGAGAAAGCGCGGGUGCAAUCUCGGUUGCUUCACAAAUGAUCACAAACGGCGGUGACACGGAAGGCCUCUUCCACGGAGCGAUUAUGGAGUCGGGUUCACCCACGCCAUCCGGCGACAUCGCCGACGAAGAGUCUCAGGCCGUGUACGAUUCCAUCGUGGAUGCGACAGGGUGUACGGGUGCGGAAGAUACGCUGCAAUGUUUGCGGGAGCUUCCCUUUAGCGUGUUGAACGAUGCGUCUAACAAUACUUUUGGGAUUGACUCUUUCUCGUCCUUGAACCUGGCAUUCCAGCCUCGUGUAGACGGGAUAUUCUUCACCGAAGAUCCUCAACAGUUGGUCCUUGACGGACAGGUGGCAGAUGUUCCAUUCAUCACCGGGGACUGUUCUGACGAGGGAACCUUAUUUUCUCUGUCGUCUGUCAAUCUCACGACGGACGCGGAAGCUGAGGCAUACAUUCAGUCGACCUACUUUUCCACCCUCUCCCUUGACGACCUCGCAUCUGUGUUUCAAGCAUACCCAUCUGAUCCCACCGUAGGGUCUCCUUUCGACACUGGUUCAGCCAACGUCAUCACUCCUCAGUUCAAACGUAUCGCCGCCAUUCAAGGAGACCUUGUGUUCCAGGCGCCUCGUAGGUUCUUUUUGCAGCAACGUUCCGAUAAACAGAAGACCUGGGCAUUCCUAUCCGAUCGUCUCAAAAGCACCCCGCUUCUAGGUUCGUUCCACAGCAGCGACCUGCUGAACGCCUAUGGCCCAGGCGAUCUUACAGACGUCAUCGUCAACUUUGCCAACAACCUCGAUCCCAACGGUCCGACAAUUAUCGAAUGGCCCAACUAUUCAACAGACGCACCAACGCUAUUAACGCUAUUGGAUGGAGCGGUGCCGCAAACCCUGACGAACGAUACGUUUCGUGUCGAUGGGAUGGCGGCUUUGACGAACAUCUCCCUGAUAGCUCCUAUCUAG